UAUCGCGAACAAUAUGAUAUAACUAGGAGCUAUGCAACCGCAGGUAACGACAUGAACAAUGUCUCACACCAACUCAUACGCGCCGCCACCUCCUGCGCAACCAAUCUCAGAAUCCGAAUUACUCGGGCCUGAGCCCUACGACCUCAACUGGGUCUUCCCCAUCCAUCCAGAAAGCCUCGAAAGCGAACGUGUUAAACUCGUGCCGCUGGUCCCGCGCGAGCACGGCGAGCACUACUACUCCGAAGCUGCGAAGGACCCGCUCCUCUGGCGCCACUAUCCUAUUGUGUGGCGCAGCCUGCAUGAAUGGCUCACUUGGGCCGAGCGUGACGUCCGGCGCAACCCCGCGAACGUCCUCUUCGCGAUCAUCGAUAAGACGCGCCCGGACGGCGGCCAUCCGCACUGGGGCGGCAGCCUCGCGGGCGCGCUCGGGCUCUUCAGCACAAGCGCGACAAACCUCUGCACGGAGAUCGCGUACAUCGCCAUCUUGCCCGCGUUCCAGCGCACGCAUGUCACGAGCAACGCCAUCGGCAUCCUGAUGCGCUAUUGCCUCGAGCUACCUGGCGCGAGCCUGCCCGGACUUGGCCUCCGCCGCGUGCAGUGGUGCGCACACACGAAGAACUUGCCUAGCGCGCGCCUCGCGGAGCGCAUGGGCUUCAAGCGCGAGGCGUGGAUACGCUGGAUGUGGGUCCUUCCUGAGGAGCUCACGCGGGACGGAGAGAAGCCGAGCGAGGAGGACAGGUGGCCAGAGAGGUACGGGCGGCACACGUUGAUGUUAUCGGCGUGUUGGGACGACUGGCAGGGCGGGGUCAAGGAGAUUGUGCAGAGACAGAUUAACAGGCUGGCGUGAUGGGAUUGGAGACUGGCUGUACAAUAUGUCUAGACCUCAUUCCUUGGCUUCACGGACGUCAUUCAGCUCGUGUGCGAGCUUGACCACAUUGUUCUACAAGGCGUCAACAAAAGCACGGAGUAUAUGACAGCACACAUACACCACUGCGAGAGAUGACAACAGCAGGGUCAUCUGGGCCUUUCGCGUUACGAGUGACGGUGUUUCCCUAUAAAUGAUUGAGUGGCGUCU